AUGUCGCACACUACUCAACCAUUCGAAAUACGCAGAGUCGGCGAUAAUUCGAUUCUAGUUUGCAGGAAUAUGGAGACUGUCAAGAUAGGAGUCUUCGUCACCAGCCACAUUCAGCUUCUGGAUCUUGCAUGCAUAGAUGUUUUCGAAAUGAUGGGGAAACCUUACCUCGGAGCUAUAGAUCUUUCUGAACCUAUCAUUGACAUGGCACCUAACGUCGAAAUCUUUCAUAUUUCCCCCUCGCCAGCUGGCACGGCGAUUCCUGCUUCGGCAAAUGCUCGUCUCAUAACAACACAUUGCAUCAGCGACCAUGAAGUUCAACCAGGAAGACUAGACAUUCUUGUGGUGCUUGGGUCCAGAACUGAAGGUACCUAUGACAAGGAGGUCAUGGAGUUCCUACGUGGGCAUGCCGAAGAUGAUUCAACAGAUAUUCUCAUAAUCUCAGGCGGUAUUGCCCUUUGCAGAGAUGCUGGAUUAUUAAAAGGGAGAACGAUAGCUGAACCACAAGGUUUUCGAAACACUCUUAACUGUGGAUUCAAAGAUGUCCGUUUAGUAGGUGACAAAUCUCGAUGGACUCAGGACGGUAAUCUUUGGUCAAGUGGGGGAAUGGCGAACGGAAACGACUUAAUCGCUGCUUACGUACUUCAAAGUCAGCAUUUUGCGAAGCCGGUGGCCGAAAUUGCACUCUCAAUAGCUCAGAUUGGACACAGAUCACAGGAAUUCUAA